GUGUUUGUGCAUUUAUUUUGCUUUGCGGUGAGCUGCAGGCGGUAUAAAAUGCAUUUCCCUAACUCUUUAUUGGCAAAUGCAAAAAAGUGACACGGAGUGUGCUAAAACAUAGUGGAUUCUUUGGUGCAGUGCAGCGGCACCAUAACUGCAUUCGUUACUACAACGGCGCUUGUUGACGGAGUCGAUAGUGAUAGUGUUGUUAAUACAAGGCGGUGAUUUAGAAUUCAGUUUUUUCUUGUUGAGGUUGUGUAAGGAAAAAAAAAAUAGAGAAAAACAAAUAUUGAUAGCAGUCGCAGCGCUGUAACAGAGUUAGCAGCAGAGAGCAGUAAAAAAGUGUGUAUCAUUAAAGGGGACUACGUGACCUGCUAGCUGCUAACAUGAGAAAGCGCACGUCCGAUUACUAUAGCUCCGAUACGGAACAAAUGGUGGCCUCUGAAGAUAUAGGAGCUAAGGCUCUUUCAAUUGAUGGAUAUCAAGAUGUAUAUUUGAUGCGUCCGCAGUCAAAGUUGACCUUUGGUAGUAGUUUUAAAGAAGCCAAACAUUUCUAUGAUACUGGUGAUGAAGAGGUGCAACAAUUGUUGUUGAAGGAAUGUAGACUUAUAUAUGAGUGCAAAUUGUGUCGCAAUAUGUUCCGUAGUCUGACGCAGUUCAUCGGUCAUAAAAGAGAAUUCUGUCGCAGCGCAGUUCACUGCGACGGUGACAUAUCUGAGGGCGAUAAAUACAAUGGAUUCGCCAGCAAUGUAAUAGUGACCAAAGAAAUUUGUAGUAAUAAAAAUAGUAGAUGUGAAUCUGUUUUGCAAAUAACUGAUGAGGCUGUGCAACAGACCAGAACACUUUGUGAAAGUAAUGAACUUAUGGAUGAAAAAAUUUCUGGAAUUUGCACGAAACAAGCGGUGGCUCAAAUCGAAAAUGAGAAAAUAAAAAAUAUACUCUCCUGUCCGCAGGAGCAUUGUAUGUUGAAUUUUUCAAACACCAAAGAACUUGAAUUGCAUUUCUCUCAAGAUCACACCAAAUCUAUGGUGUUUACCAAUUUUGCUGAACAAAGAGUGGACAAUCAAAAACAAACACUUUCUGAUGCUGUGGUUCCCACCAGAGCGCAGAAAAUGACAACAAACGUUCAUACCUGCGAACACUGCGCAAAAACUUUUGAAUGCGGCGACGCUCUAUCCACACAUCUUUUACAUUGUCCAGUUAAACAUAACAUAUUGAGUAAAACUCUUGCCUCGGGAAAUAUUGACAACAUUGCAACAAAGCGCAUCAAAUUGCAAGUAGUGACAACAGAGGAGCCCUUUAAUGGCAUGGAAGCGCAUGAACAGGGUCAGGAUAUGGCGAAUAUAUCGGAUAAUAUUACAACGGAUAUGCAAGAUGCUGUAGCUGUGAAGCAGGAGUAUGUUGCUUCAGAGAGCAGCACAACGGGAAACACAAGCGCUACAGCAAAGAAACGGAAAUUGAAGAAUCGAAGAGCUUUCACAAAUAAAGUUGCCGCGGCUAUCGAUCCACCAAAAGGGGUUGUAGAGAAUUUGCCAAUAAAACAGGAAAUUUGUAAUGAAGAAUCACGCACACAUGCCAAAAUUAAAACUGAAAGCAGUAUUGGCAGUGAUUUAGAGCCAAAGAAAUUGCUCUCCACUUGCAGCUAUUGUGGCAAGUCGUUUGAACGACGUGCUGCCUUAUCGACACAUCUGCAACAUUGUCCGGUGAAGUAUAGCGUCAUGGAGAAAAGCACAAUUUAUGGCAUGAGCAUAUGUUCGAAACGUUCGAAAUUGCAUUCGUCGGCAGAGAAAGCAUUAAAAGACACGCGCCAACAAAACAUUACAUCUAUGGUUACCGAAGAUCCUGAUACUGAACUCUUAAAUGAAAUGUUUGCAAAUUUGGGCAGACAAACUUUUGGCGUGGGCUUGCAGACGGUUACAAUUGAUCACGAUGACACGACGGCUUCCGGCACUGACGAUGCUAAGGAGGUGGAGGACCUAGAAGAUAAUGGACAAAUAAAAUCACCGACUCAGCUGAAUGAAACCUUGCUGUUAGAUCAAAGUGUAACUGAUGCUGAACUUUCCAUUAGCACAAUCACAGCAAUUGAAAGCUCGCUUGACGCACACGGGGAGGAGGACGCGGAGAAAAAGUCAUGCCGCCGUGUGCGUUCAGCGCCAUUGGAAAAACGUUUGCUAUGCCGUUGCAAGAUAUGCUACAAACAAUUCAACGCGCUGAGUAACUUGCGUCGUCACAUUUCUAUGUUCCAUUAUCGGGCUCAGCGUUUCGGUUGCACUUUGUGCGAUUAUCGCGCUUUUCGCCGCUACGACAUUGUUAACCACUUGGGCAAUACUCACGGCAUGAAAGGGGAUCCCGAAGCGAUGUCAAUUGAAUUCGUUUCGGAACACGAAGUAAACUAUAGUCGUGAAGAUGUUGAGGGUGAUAUUGUUGUGCUUGAUGAAGACAUUGAUGAAACGAGCGUGAUCAAUGAGUCAACUGAAGAUAUUGAAAAUAGCAUUGAAACAAGACAAAAUGUGAAACGCUUAAAGCGUAACAAAACUAUUUCGAUCUCAAGUGGGCUUAACGUUGGGUUAAAUAAGCUUACACGACAGAAAGUCAAACGGUCACAAUCGCAGCAUGAAACAUGCACGGGUGGUGGUGUUAAAACUCCGGCAAGGCGUCCCAUACGGAAUCGCAUUAAGCCGGAGAAUAAAGACUUCGUUUAUGAUCUCUCUAGUUUGGUUAAGAAGGAGAACAAUGAUGUACAAAACGACACUAUACGCAGCCUUAGACGUCGUAAUACAAUGAAUGUCGGUACAAUCGAACCUGCCACGCAUUGCUUAGAAUCACUACUCGGACACACAGGCAGUUGGGAUCAAAUACGUGGCGCUGCACAGCGUUUGGCUGCAUCCGCCAUAAGUAGCGGUGCGGCGACUUCGGACACUCAACCAGAAUUGCCAACGGAAAGACCACAAAUGCGUCAGCGCUUGAUUUCAACACAUCGGCCGGACAAUCAUUCCGUUCCGGUGAUCGAGGCCAGCGAACUGGAAGCCGCGCGUCUACAGUCCACACUACUGGAGGACACAUUCCUCGAAAAAGUGGCUAAAGCAUCGCCAACAUCCUUUAAAAUUAAACCCUUAUUAUCACUGCAUACCAGCACAUUGAAUAGGUUGCUGGAAAAAGUCGACUCCUCGCUGCAUCAACACGCCAAUGGCAAAUCGUCGCCCAGCGACACAUCCUGUAGUGAUGAGAAUGUCAUCACUAGCCUGCAUAUUUCCCCGCCUCCGUCUAUUCCACGAGCAAAUGCUCCACCACCCACGCCGCGCAAACGCAUCUCAAUGCUGGAUCGCCUGCGCGACGACACAUUCAAGUAUCGCGAAAGUCUGCUACGCUCUGCAUUGGAGAACUAAGGGCGGAAAUGUAAAAUUAAUUUUUAUAAUUAUAUUUAUUAGACUACUUUAGAUUAUGUGUAUCAAUUAAAUUUUAGUAGUACCUAACUAUAUUACCGCCACCUACCUAUACAUCCACACAAACACACACAUCUGCAUGAAUUUUCAUGCUUUGCAACUUAAUAGCCUGCUAGUUUCUUUCAGUGGGUUUGUUUCGUAAAUUCCAUUGCAGUUUUAUGUAAGUACGAGGUCUCAAAUAUAUACAUACGUAUGUUUAGUUUGCAGUCGUACAUACACAUUUACAUUAGUAUUAGUGUAAUGCAAAGAUGUACAAUACAUGUACCUUGCACACUCAAACGAAGUUAUUCUUCAUUAUUUCGUGUGAGAGAAGCCUUACAAAAUAAAAUAAUGGUAAAAAACA